CAUUUGAAAACUCAAAAGCGUUUUCUGCUAAGUAGAUCCACCUAAAAUGCAGUUGAAUUCAAGGUAAUCUUUUAAUACUUGUGCGUUUGUGCAAUUUAUGUCAGUGUGUGCGUGUGGGUGAGUGUCCAACUUAUGCAUGGCUCCGAUAUGGGCGGGGAGGACAAUGAUCUCGUUUUCAUCUGGAUUCGAACACUUGGAUGGUCGUCACUCACCUCCAGAUUGGCCAAACGAAAACACACGGAAGAGCGUAAGAACACAAAACCAUGGUCAGGAAAUCAUCUCUUUUGGGACUGUGUGGCGUGGCCAUCAUUUGCGCUCAUGCGAGACACCAGAGGUAUCAAGAUGAUUUAUCUGAAGAUCUAUGGUGGUCCAGCUAUCAAAAUUCUGCACCACAAGAGACGCUGGAUCCCAGUCAAGAGGUUACGGAUCGUCAAGACCUCUUGGCCAAUCCAGAGGUGAGUAGUAAAUGGAGGUGCUCAGGGCGAAUAAUUGUGACCCACACUCCAUGGCACUUUUUUACGUUCCAGGCUUUGACCAUUGCCGCCUUGACAUUGGGUGGACUCGUGGGAUUGGGCGCGGCGGCCCUGGGUUUCACAGAAGCCAACACCCAACGACAAGAAAUUCGGAGCAGUUUGGCCCCACUCACUGCCGAGCCCUUGGGGUUUUGUGCGACCGAGCAAAUGAUUAUUGCGAGAUUGAACGUAAUAUCGACAUUAUUUACCUUGGGCGACAAUGGACCCAUCCCAAGUGACGAUGAAAUUGAUAGAUUAAUCAACUCAUUGA